UUAAGGGGGGCACCUAAGUAAAAAAAUAAUGUUUAUAAUUGUCGGCCAAAUAUUUUUGGUUUGGAUGGUUUGGUGCAAUUUGUUUACAAAUAAUUUCUAUGGUGGUUGAUUACAUUUUUCUGUACAAAGAAGUUCAGACCCAGUUAUGUCAGUAAAUAAAGCAACAACCAAAUUUUCUCUCCAUAAGGUGGAUUAGUGAUAGAGAAGCAGUGCUUUGACCCCAAAUGCACACACAUUGUGGUGGGCCAUCCGCUGAGAAACGAGAAGUACUUAGCCUCUGUGGCCGCCGGCAAGUGGGUGCUCCAUCGCUCCUACCUGGAAGCGUGCAGAACCGCGGGCUGCUUCGUACAGGAAGAAGACUAUGAAUGGGGCAGUAGUUCCAUACUGGAUGUUCUGACUGGAAUCACGGAGCAGCAAAAAAAACUAGCGAUUGCAGCCAUGCGGUGGAGGAAGCAAAUCCAGCAAAGACAAGAGUCGGGCGUUGUGGAGGGGGCAUUUAGCGGGUGGAAGGUGAUCUUACAUGUUGAUCGUACCCGAGAAGCAGGGUUCAGACGCCUUCUUCAGUCCGGAGGAGCGAAGGUGCUACGUGGUCAUUCUGUUCAUUUAUUCAAAGAAGCCACACAUCUUUUUUAUGACUUUAAUAAGCUGAAGCCAGACGACACAGGAAUUAACAUGGCAGAUGCUGCUGCACAGAACGUGCACUGCUUGAAAACAGAAUACAUUGCCGAUUACCUGAUGCAGGAGUCUCCUCCUCCUUUUGAGAAGUACCACCUCCCAGGAGCAGCCGCCUUUGACAAGAGUGAGGGGCCUGAGCCUGACUUGUCACAGAAGAGGAAGGCUCCUGCCGAGAAGAACAAGCUCAAGCGACCCAGGGUGCAGUGACCACGUGCACAGUUUGGUUGGCACUGACCCACAUGGGCAUCAGAACAGCUGCGUGUUCCUAGGUGGAUGUGUGUGCAAAAAUGAGAUCCUGACGGAUUGCACUGCGGGGCAGUAGUGACUCCAUGUGAAGUUUUUAACACCUGAAAUUUCAAUCACUGAAUACUUAAUGAAAAGUUACCUGAAAUAAAACAGGAAAAUACAACUCCCCAAUUAGAUUUUUGUGAAAACUAUAGUGUGCAAAAGGCUGUUUAUUUUUCUUGUAAAUAUCUGAGGCUGUAACUUAAAGUUUUAAGCAAAGUGAUGGAUUCUGCUCUAAAAUACCUGCCUUAAUUCAUAACGAAGCGUGUCAUUUGGAAUUUAUAUAUGUUUUCCCUGCUUUACCUUCUUUCCUGUUGUACCUUUUUAUCAGGAGCCUGAGCACACUGAGAAAACUGGAGCUUUAAACUUAGAUGUGUGUGUAUAUAUGUAUAUAUGUGUUUGUACAAACCUCCAUGAUGUUUACCAAGUUUGGGUGUCAAAACUUGGAAAAUGUGACAAUAAAGAUUACCAGUAGUGACUCAGAUUAGUACUUAAUGUGCGUUCAGAUAGAAAUUUCCAGAAGAAAACAUCCUAGUCCAUUCUGUUGAAACAAUAAAUUUGUAAAACACAGGUUUUUAAAAGGA